UUUUAUGCAAACACUACUUAACACACCUUAUAUCGCAUUUACAAUCGCAAUAUACAUUAUAUUCUUAUUUGUAAAGGAAUCUCAAGCUGUUUUAAUUAAUAAAUAUCAUGUACAAAAUGGACCGUAUUUAAGUAUCUUUGGAUUCUUUAAGAAAAGGCCUAAAAUUCCUGAACUGUUGGCUUUUCACAGUAACUCCGAAUUCUCAAAAUUGAUGUUGCCCAUAAUUGAUAAAGUAUCAAAGGAUACAGGAUUACACAUUGAAGUGAUUCAAGUUGACGAUCAUAAAAACUACGAAUUAUUUUCUAGUGCUAUGAAUUUCUGUGGAGAGGGUGGCCUGCCUCUUUACUUAAAUGUAUCCACCGGCGAAUAUAUCCUUGGAAUUACUACUUACGAGAAUUUGAAGCUUUUGGCACUCGGAAAAAAACCAGAGAGAUACUCAAGAAUUAAUGUCAAUUUACUUGAGGACGCUUCAUAUCGAACUACGGGCCUUAUCGGUAGAAUUAAAAGAUUCAUACGUGAAAUAAAGUUAAAGGGUCGAGAAAAUAUAUUUAAAAGAUAUAAAGAAACUAUUUCUAAGAAAAAUAAUUCUAAAAAGGUUAAUUAAACAUUUCAACCUAAUUUAAAUUUCCUACAUCAAAUUAACAA